GCACGGAAUGCUGGGAAACAAACAGUGGCAUGAAUAACGCUUGGCGUAAACAAACGUCCCUUGCCGAUGUGUACAAGAGCUCGCGGAGCGCACGUGAACAAGCAGUCCGGCAGACGCAGCGACCGUCUUUCACAGCUCUUAUAACCGCGCUCAGCUGAGCGCAGAGAUGUGACACUUUGAGCGGCGGGACUCUGGAGCGAGCUGUGCCUGGACUCGGGCAAGUCGAGCGUGUGUGUGAUUGAUCCGUCAGACAGGAGCGGUCUGAGAGGGGGUUAUUCCUCUGAUGUUGGGAUCGAGAGAAUGGCGUUCAUAAGCGAACGGCAGCUGACGCGCUUGCAUCUCAAGUCCUUGAAGUGGCACGACUCCACAUCAGUCUCUCCGAGAUAAAUCACUAGGUUAUAAAUCACCGGACUGCUAGUCUUCGCUUUCCAGGGAAAUCGUUGCUGAUCGCAUCGCCAGAGGAGCCCGGGUUGGGCAACGUGUAGCCUACAUUCAAGGGUCAACAUUUUGGACUGGUCCAAUCGAUUCAUCCAGUGGAGUCCUAUGAAGGCGGGAUGAAUAUGUGGAGCUCGGGGCCAGUGCAGGGUGUGCUGAAAGCCCUGAAGCACGCCGCGGGGAAAGGACAGCUCCAGCUGAGCCGCUGGCUGCAGCGCACCCCGGACCCCCUGGACUGCGACAAGAUCGACAUCUUGAUCUGCAACGUCUUUGACGAGCGAGGGAACGGCGGGAAACCGGAGGCGGACCCCGCGGGUCACACCGAGCCCGGCGCGUCCUUCACUCCCGAGUUCAGGCAUCCGUGCUGCAUCACCACCUGUUGCUUCAAAAGCGCCCUGCUGGCGUGCGUCCUGACGGCCGUGUGCUUCUCCUCGGUGGCCCUGGUGCGCCAGUACCUGAAGGACGUGUUGCUGUGGAUCACAGACGUGUCCUUGCCAAAUUAUUUAGUGGCUUCCUCAGUGGGACUUCUCCCAACACAACUCCUUAACUCAUAUCUGGGCACCACCCUGCGCACAAUGGAAGACGUGAUCGCAGAACAGAGCGUCAGUGGAUACUUCGUGUUCAGUCUACAGAUCUUCAUCAGCAUAGGCCUGAUGUUUUACGUUGUACAUCGAGCACAAGUGGAACUGAACGCCGCCAUUGCAGCCUGCCAGUUGGAGCUGAAGACGUCGUACAUGAACGGCGAAGCGGCCAACCACGGCGGCUCGACCUACUGCAGCAAACGGGCUGCGGCAGGAGGGGGGAUCAAUGUGGUCUAAACGCCACUUUUAUCCAGUUGGACGGAUGGAGAUCUGUCUCGGCUGUGUCAGGGAGUCUUGGGAGCUGCUACAGUCCCAGCCAGCUGUUCUGGUUAUGAUGGAGGUCUGAUGUGGAGAGGCACUGGACUGUCAAAGAGCCGAAGAGCCCAUCAUCAGGCUUUGAUGGAAACAUUGCCCAAAGACUGGGACCCAGGGCCAGUAUUAUAUCAGAAGUUUAUGAGAUUGACUUGAGAUCUAUUUGUUUUUGCGGUGCAUUUUCUUCUUAAAGUUCUUUUUUAUGAUACUAAUAUAAAAUUAUAUAACUUUAUAGGCGGUCUAAAGCAUGAAGUGGGUAAAUUAAUUAAAGCAAAUGUUAUAGAAUUGUAGUUAGUUACUAAAGAGGGCACAACUAAUA